AUGCUCAGCAUGGCAACCGCCGUCGCUCCCAACCACAUCCAUCUCGCGACGGAACUUAGCGCCGAAGAUGUCAUGCGAGCUAAGCUCGAACGAAAGUACCCGGGCUAUGGUAAAGAUCGAAGCGCCACCCAAGCCGGCAUCAAUGUCCUCCAACCGGGUAAUUCAGGGCGUCAGUUUAAAGGAAAUGGCCGUUACAGCCAGCAAAUAACAGGUGAUGAUGUUAUAGAGCUCGCGGACCGGAACGGCUCCGUCAGCGGCAUUCGUGGAGGAUGUGCUGUCCAAGCUGAUGAUGAAUCCAACGUUCAGCCCAGUCGUGAAGUCGCGGUUGGCCAACACCCACCGGGGCGAAGCAGCCUUGCUAACAACUUGAUUGCGACCAGAUAUGAGGAUGCCAUUGGGGGCACUGAGCCAGCCAGCGGCACCAACCCGGUUAGCGGUGGAGCGCAGCAGCAACAGCGUCGGCUGAUCGGACAGCCUGUAAGGGGAGGAGAGCAACGUGCCCAGGAAAAGAGCCUCCACCUGUUCCACGCGAUGAGAUUCGUCCGGAAGGCAUGGGUGGGGAGCUUCGGAAUCAGCCGACCACCAAUGCCUCACAAGGUCGCCUACAUGUAG